AUGUCAUUCAUUAAGAAAUUCACGUACUUAGUGUCUACAAUAGCACUAUUACUAAAUAUUUACAUCUACACAUACCCAUCAUUGACACCAGAGAAAUGUAAUUGGUCAUUUCAAAAAUCCAUACCAAACUUGUCUCAAAAUGAUCUAUUAACCAAUUUACAAUCAACUCCAUAUUUAGGAGACCUGCUUAAUCAAUAUAUCCUCAAGCCAAAAUUCAAAUCACCAACUAUCAAAGAUAUCAAGAUGCUCGCGUUUGGGGAUCCUCAAAUUAAAGGUAAUUGGCCAUCAACUCCAUAUAUCAAAAGACUAGACACAUUUGGUAAUGAUUAUUAUCUUGGUCAUAUUUAUAACGUUAUGAAGAAAAGAUUACAACCAACACAUGUUGCAGUCUUGGGUGAUUUGUUUAGCUCCCAAUGGAUUGGUGAUUCGGAAUUUUUCAACAGAACGAGACGUUAUGUUACAAGAUUAUUUGAUCAACCUGAUAAAGAACGUGAAUAUGUUUUAGAUUUCAUUAAAGAGAAUGAAAGAGUUGACUGGAUGGAAUUUUUAAAUGAGAAGAAAGCUAUAGAUAUCCAUGAUCUAGAAUUUGGUUAUAGUGACGUUUAUGAUUGGAAUACUGAAGAUUAUUCUCAAUUAUUUGAAAAUGAACCUUUAUUCUUGAAUGUUUCAGGAAAUCAUGAUAUUGGCUACUCAGGUGAUGCUACUUGGCAACAUAUGGCUAGAUAUUUCAAAUUGUUUGGUAAGGAUAACUUUUGGAUCGAAUAUAAUCGUGGUACUCCAUAUGCUUAUAGAAUUGUUGUCUUAAAUUCAUUGUUAUUAGAAGGCCCUGCUUUACAACCUGAAUUUUUGGAGUACACAUGGGAAUUCCUUUACAAGUUGUUUGAAAGAAAAUUUAAAGGUUCAACCAUCUUAUUGACUCAUGUGCCAUUCUAUAAAGAAGAAGGUCUUUGUGUUGAUGGUCCAUUUAUCGAUUACUAUGGUCCUGAUGCAAGAGAAGAUUACAAGGUUAAUCUACUACGAUCACAAAAUCAUUUGAGUUAUGAUACUACUCAACGUGUUUUAAGCUUGAUCUUUAAUGAUGAACCAGGUAUCAUUUUAACAGGUCAUGAUCAUGAAGGCUGUGAAACGUUCUAUAAUAAAAACAUAACCAAUGCUAAAUGGAGUGCUUCUAAAAGUAAAAAUUCAGAUGUUGCCAUUAAAGAAGUUACAGUUCGUGCAAUGAUGGGUGAAUAUGGUGGAAAUUCAGGUAUAAUGACUGGUCAUUUCAAUACAAAGAGACAAGAGUGGGAAUUCGAUUUUUCAUUAUGUCCUUUCAUUAUCCAACACGUCUGGUGGGCCACUAAAGUUGUUUCAAUCAUAUCAGCAUUAUUAUUUUCCACAGUAUUUAUUUUUGAUUUAUAG